ACAAGGCACAUCGAGUGACAGACACUGAGAUUCCCCGAAUCGACCCAGCUCCAAUCCCCCCAAAACCCCAAGCUUUGCAAACCCUAGCAAUGGCGAUGCCAACAAUUUCCAUCCACUGAGCCACUCUGCUCCACUCCACUCCAAUCGAAUCGAAUCGAAUCGGAAAGGAAAAGAGGGAAGGAUGGGUUCUUCUCGGCCGGUCUCCAAGCAGGAGAGAGGGCGGCGGGCGAUGAAGGCCAUGAAGCCCCUCGGCUUCUCCAGCAAGCUGUGCUCCAACGUCCUCAGGCGCCUCCUCGAGCUCUACGACCAUAGGUGGGCGCUCAUCGAGGAGGAUAACUACCGCGUCUUCGCCGAGGCCAUCCUCGACGCUCAGGCCAAUGGCAACGGGGAUCCGCAGCCGGAGCUGGAGCAGGAGGAGACCGACGAUUUCCCGGCAGAAGGAGGCCCAUCGACCUCCCUCGCCGCCGCCGCCACCCGCGAGGAGCCCCUUGGCCCUCCCUCGCCUCCACCCUCCUGUCCCACAGCCGAACAUCAAGCCACUACCACGGAACUGGCCAUCUCUCCUCGAGCCGAUUCGCCUCCGCUGGCUAGAGGCACUACGAGGGUGCUCGGCAAAAGGCGGCAGAGGCAGACAAUCGACGCCUAUCUCCAGCCGGAGGAUGACGUAUUCCUGAGGGAGCCCAAGCCUGAGCCUGUCGAUAUGGACUGUUGUGAUGUCCAGCCUGGCCUGGUCUGCCGUUCGCCGCGAGGUGUGGCAUCCUCAUCCGGGCUUCGAGAACCGCCUCCGCCGCAGUCCGGUCGAAAUCCUAAACAGAUCCCAGGUGCUAGAAACAGGGCAUUUCAGCGUUGCAGAAAUAGGGAAAUAACUACUUCUUCGGUAGACCCAACAUGCAGCUCAUUGAACAAUGGAACAGGAUCCGCAGUUGGAAAUGUUCAGGAAGUGCCUGGUUUGGACAUUGUUGUAGCAUCAUCUGCUACGGGUGAGAUUAAGAUGUCGCUGAAAUGCAGUGUCGAUCCAUCAAAGUUCCGCAUGCCUGCUUUAGAAGAAGUUUUCAAGAUGGUUGAUGACAAAUGUCUUGGCUCAUCCAAUGUUCUUCCUCCUGAUUUUUCCGUUGGCAGCCUCAUGACUGAGAUAUGCCAGUGUGUUUUACAACUGGGCACUGAACAUGCUGUAGAGCAUACUGCACAACCAGAUAUUGUUGGCAAUGGCUGCAGGUCAGAGGAUGAUAGGAAGAUGAAACAGAAAGCUGCAGAGGAAUUGUUGGUUUCUAAUGGCUCAGAGAAUUGUCCAGUGAAUUCGACUCCUGUCCAGCAGCAGCAUCUGGCACUAUCCACAUUGAGGAUUAACCAUGAUCUAACGGAUAUAUCCAAGGCAGAAGAAAACAUAAGGAUAUCAAUUGUAAAUGAAUUUGGCGGGGAGAAAUUUCCGCCUUCGUUCUAUUAUAUACCACAGAAUGUUGUAUUCCAGAAUGCUCUUGUUGACAUGUCACUUGCUAAGAUUGGUGGGGAAGACUGCUGCGCUGAUUGCUUUGGAAACUGCUUGUCUGCACCUGAACCAUGUGCUUGUGCAAGAGAAACUGGGGGUGAAUAUGCAUAUACAUUAGAAGGUUUGGUUAGGCCAGCACUUAUUGAUGAGUGUGUCUCUGUGAACCUCUUUCCAGCAGAAAAUCAGAAGGUGUUUUGUGAAACUUGCCCGCUUGAGAGGUCUAGAAAUAAAGCUUCACCAGAGCCUUGCCGGGGCCACCUUGUUAGGAAGUUUAUCAAGGAGUGCUGGAGCAAAUGUGGCUGCAACAUGGAAUGCGGUAACCGCGUGGUUCAGCGUGGCAUAACAUGCAAUUUACAGGUCUUCUUCACUGGAGAAGGGACAGGUUGGGGGCUCCGUACGCUUGAUGAAUUGCCUAAAGGAGCUUUUGUUUGCGAAUAUGCUGGUGAGAUACUGACAUGUACAGAAAUGCAUGAAAGGGCCGUUGAAAACAUGCAAAAUGAUAGGUAUGUACAUCCGAUACUUUUGGAUGCUGGUUGGUGUUCUGAACUGAAGGAUGAAGAGGCUUUAUGCCUAGAUGGCUCAUUUUAUGGAAAUGUUGGUAGAUUCAUCAACCACAGAUGUUGUGAUGCAAAUCUAGCAGUGAUUCCUAUUGAAGUGGAGACUCCUGAUCAUCACUAUUAUCAUCUGGCAUUCUUCACAAGCAAGAAGGUGGAGGCUUUCGAGGAACUGACAUGGGACUAUGGCAUUGAUUUCGAGACCAAGAAACAGCCUGUGAAACCAUUCGAGUGCCUUUGUGGUAGCCGGUACUGCCGGGGCAGGAGGCAUCAUUUGAGGAAGAGAGGCAUAGUAGCUGCUGCUGCCAUUGGGGAGGAAGGUUGAUGCAUUGCAAUGCAAUGGUUGCUUGGUUAGGGAGGGUUAAUUAGGGCAAUGUAGUUAAGGAAUUUGCAGCAGCGGAAGAAACAAUGUGUGUUGAGUUGUUGUGCAUUUUGGACAAAGCAUGGAUCUGGGUGGUAAGCCCGGAUGAGCAGACGAUGGCCUUCUCCUCUGUGUGAGUAUUAUGACCUAUGUAGUAGUAGUUGUAGUAUUAGAGAUGUAUGUACUAGUUAGGUAGUAGUUUUGAACAUGGUGUUUAAUCUAAUGGAAUGGAACCGGAAGCAUGCCUUUCAGUUGUGCAUUUAAA